GGCUUCGCCACCUAUAGCUAAUCGUUGAUUGGCGGAGAUGGCUUCUUUCAUACCCGUCAUCACCUGCAACCACGGGUAUCCGUAGCCAGCCGUACCAACCAAGUCACGCGUUGCGACUACUGGCUGCAGUGGUGGCCUGUCUAUUUGUUUCUCGUAUCUGUAUUAAGGUUAUCUCAUCCCUAUCCACGCGGAGGAACAAACACUCACUAUCAACACUCGAGAGACGUUUCAUUUACUACCUCACUCUUCAAAUCAGUAUGGCUGCUUCCUACGAACUUAUUUACUAUACAGGCGUUCCAGGCCGUGGUGAACAUGUCCGGCUCAUCCUUGAGGAAGCUGGCGUCGAGUACAAAGACACUCAGUCGCUAACUUUUGAUGAAGCCCGGGAUAAUGUUGUGACUUGGCUCGCUGGCGGCGGCCAUGGAAACCCGUCUUACUUCGCCCCGCCUCUCUUCAAGUACGGCGACCUCGUCAUCUCUCAGACACCCAAUAUUCUCCUGUACCUUGGUCCCAAGCUUGGACUUGCCGGAUCGCGCGAGAACGACUUGUACAGAGUAAAUGCCCUUGCCCUUACAGCGCUUGACCUUUUUAGCAAUGAAGUUCACGAUACACACCAUCCUAUUGCCACAAUGCUACCCUGGGAAGAUCAGAAGGAGGAGAGCAAAAGACGCAGCAAGGAAUGGGUCCAAAACCGUCUUCCUAAAGUCCUUGCGUACUGGCAAAAGGUGUUGGAGAACGAGGAUCGUAGACCAGGCCCAUGGUUGUUGGGAGACACAUUCACAUACGCCGACUUGGUUUUGUUUCAGACCCUCGAUGGCACCCAUUAUGCUUUCCCUAAGGCAAUGAAGCAAGCAAGAGAAGCUGGCAAAUAUGAGAAGGUAUUCAAGCUAUACGAAGACGUCAAGGCUAGACCAAAUAUUGCAGCGUACCUUGCCAGCGACAGAAGACAGAAGUAUCAGGACUGGGGCGUUUACCGCCACUACGACGAUAAUGAUGUAGUUGCUGAGUAGCCUCUCUUGGUAUAAGGUAUGGCGAAUCGCAUAUAUGAUUCAAGGAAUAAAUUCUACGUUCACGAAAUGGUGCAAUGGCUGUCAAAGCAAGCCUUCUUAUUGAGAAAUGAUCAAUUCAAUUAAAAACACAUCA